GUUUAUCAUUAUUUUUUGUUUUGGAAUAAACUGCAAAACUCUCGUGCCUUGGAAUCAUUGUCUAUAUACAAUUUGGUUGCUAUAUACUUUUUUGAUGAGUUGACCGGCGAAAUUCUACCUUCGCUGGAAGCAAUGUUUUUUGACACUGAUUUUUUGUUACCAGAUGUAUUACUAGAUUUCUCAACAAUUUCUCUGUUGUUACCAGGCAGUGUUAUUGAUAGGAGUUCAUUGGCUGAUAAGUCAACAUUAAUGACUCUUGAAGACUCUUAUUCUCUAUUGCCAUAUGCAUUGACUUUUAUUGUCUCUACUCUUUUUGCAAUUUGUUUAACUGAAAAUAUAAUUGGCAGACAAGCUACUCUUCUCAAAUCAGUGAUUAUUGCAAUGAAUGGUAAAACAGUAGAAAUUGGUAAUAUGGAUGCAAAGGAGCAUUUAGUCUUGGCAGAUGAGAUUACUUAUGCUAUUCAAAAAGAAAAGACCACCAAAAUAAUUACAGUAGCAACAUUAACUGGAGCUGUGAUGGCCACCUUUAUUCUUUUUUGUAAAGUUCUCAUUAUCUCGCUGCCUGUAAAAUUUGUAAAACAUCAAAUUACAAAAAAAUUUUACUUUUUUGAUCGAACUGUUAUUUUGUCGCUUUCAGUUUGA